AUGCCUCGAAAGUGAUGGAACGUAACGAGAGUACGCCUGUCACGGACAAGAUCGCAAAAAUUACAGAGUACAGAAAUACGAGGGUGCCUGAAAAAUCUACUACGACACUGUAUGCUACUCGAAUACGUAAAACUAGCACUUCGAUGCCUACUAAUCUAGACGAGAUGGAGAAUCUUCGAAUCGAUAGACAGAAGGGAACCGCCUCGAAGUUCACGAGAUCGGAGAGCGACGACAGCAGCAGCGUGACGUUCAGCAACAGCGGCUCUACGCCCAAUGGAAGUCCUCUCGGUUCUGAGACCGAGGAAGAAGCGAACGACGAAGAGUUGGCCAAGUGAGUGACAAAUCCUAUCCUAUCCUUCGUUAAUCUCCUCGAGAUUAUUUUUAAACGAUUUAAUUUAAAA